GAGAGAAACUCUAUAAACUCACCUCUCUUUUCCCGGUCUCCCCAUCUCACAACCAAACUAUGGGGAGGGAAGAGGACAGCUAACUGGGUCUGGACUGACAAAUGAUUGUGUUUUAACAUUUUUUCACAACAACAAUACUUCUCUUGAGUUGCAAUAUAAGGGCUGGGAGCAUUAAACCACAAUCUCUUCACAGUGGUCAUGAUACAGCCAGUACUUCUACUCCUGCUACUGGCAGCCAUGUCCUCACCAGUGUUUGGGACUGAGAUAUCAGUACUAGAGGGAACCUCUGUUACCCUUGUCUGCACAUACCUAGGGGAUAAAAAGUUUGAGACAUGCUGGGGCAGAUAUUGUGGAUUAUUUCAGUGUACUGAUCCCAUAAUGGAAGAUAAAUCCAAAUAUAAAAUUAACGCUGAAGUUGGAACAAUGAAUCUCACCAUUUUAAAGCUACAGCCAACAGACCGUGGGAGCUACUGCUGCAGAGUCUAUGUCCCUGGAUGGUUCAAUGAUCUAAAACAAUUCUACAGCCUGAAGGUAGUCAAAGGUUGUGUGAGGGACCUACUGGACAAAGUCCAUUUUCUAGAGAACAAUAUUGCGAAUCAGCCAUUUACAACCAAAAAUGCAAGUCAGUGCAGGCAGGAAUGCACCAAAAAUGACACAUGCCAGUACUUCACAUUUGUUGAUGAAAACGCAGGAAUAAUAGUCCACAGAAACAAAUGUUUCCUGAAGGCCUCAACUGGUCAUACGCCUGAAAUUACAAUACAGCACCUCCAACAUGCAACGUCAGGCUACUCUCUGAGAAACUGCAGUGGUAAAGUCACCUACUCAGUCAAGAAGUACAGCCUCGUCCCUGAGAAGAAAAACUGGACCGAAGCACAAGAAUACUGCAGACAACACUACACAAACCUUGCCAUCAUACACACAGAAGAGGAUUGGAAGGCAAUUCAAUCCUCUUUGGGUAAUUUCAGUGGUGAUGUGUGGAUUGGGCUCCAUAGGUCUGAUCCAACUGAAAAGUGGAAGUGGUCUGAUGGAGAGGACUUCAUGUUCUUUAACUGGGAAAAAGGUUUUGGUGUCCACACUGAGGGUCAUGACUGUGUCUUGUCUAUUUCAUCUCAUUGGCAACCAGUGAAUUGUGCAGCUCUAAGUCAGUAUAUGUGUCAACAAGUUCGUCAUGGUAAUGGAACAACAGAGAAGGUGUAUGAGCUGAUGCCUGGGGCAAUGAUGUGGCAGGAUGCUGUGACAGACUGCAGGACAAUAAAAGGCAGAGAACUGGCGAGUAUCUGUAACCAGAAAGAACAGGAAGCCUUUGAUGAGUUGACUACAGUGGCCACCUGGAUUGGACUUAAGCACAACAAUAAACGAUGGGAAUGGUCAAACAGAGAACCAUUUCCGGAAAGUGAACCUACCUGGGUAGGUAGAAACUGUCAACAGCUGAACUCAGACAGAAAAUGUACUCCAAAAGAUUGCUCUAAUCAAAGUGCUUUCUUUUGCUAUGGAGACGAACGUCCACUUAACACCACUGGGGAUACGACCACUCCCGUUACCCCUGAAACCACCAGCCCUACUUCAACUGGACCUCCCUCUAUCAAGACGUCCACCACAACAACUAACACUUUACUACCUACUACUAUUAAUGGACAGUCCAAUACCUCACCACCUACCACCACUAAUGGACAGUCCACCACCUCACCAACUACCACUACUAAUGGACAGUCCACCACCUCACCAACUACCACUACUAUUGGACAGUCCACCAAAACACCAACAACCACUACUAUUGGACAGUCCACCACCUCAACUUCCAGUGGACAACUGACCUCAUUAGGUCCCACCUCCCCAGACAGGAAGUCCACAUCCUCCCUCAGUAGUACAACUUCUCCACUCCAUCCUGAUUACCUGACCUACUUCAACGAGUCCAAGAGCUGGAUCAAUGCCCUGGAGUUCUGUAAAAGUCGUCGCUCCAACCUGGUGCACAUCACCAACCAGACCGUGCAGGCUGACUUGACCCAGCUCCUGGCCAAUGUGGAGCUGCCAUGUGGGGGUGUGUGGAUUGGUCUGGAGCGGUCCAUCUUUGAGUGGAGCGCCCCCUGGCUGUGGACCAGUGGUGAUGUUGAUAAGGUGGUGAAGUACAGAGAGUGGCACAACUGCUUCCCCCUCAACCCCAUGAAUUACCACUGUGGUAAGAUGGUCCGGGUUGGUAACAGAGAACUGAAGUGGCUGGAUGCUUCCUGUCAUCAGGAAUUACCCUUCAUCUGUCAAGGCUCAAUCUACAUCCCAGCCACCCCUCUCUACAGUUGGCUACUAUCUGAAUUGCUCUGAGGGGCUCAGAGUCUAUACUCACUACACUCGGUGAUCUCCACCAGAGGGCUCACCAUGGCAGCCUGGACAGUCUGCAGACAGACACCACACUGAUCUGCCAGAGAGACUACCACACUCAAGGUCUGGAAGGAACCUGCAUUUCAAUUCAUUAUAUUGUUACACUACUAUUACUACUUUUCAUAUUAUUACUGUUAUUAUUAUUUAUAUUACUAUUAUUACAACUUUUUAUUACUUUUAUUUAUCAUUUUCACUAUUACAUUAUAUUACUUAAUGAUACUGUAUGUUCAUUCAUAACCAUUGCUAUUUGACUGUUAUUAACUGUACUAAUUUGAUUGUUUAAAAAUAGAGUUGAUAAAAAGUAAAGAAGAUUAUUAAAAUUAAAAUGUAGUAUUUCACUUUUGUGUGAUCACUGUAGCCUACUGUAGAAGAUGGCCAGUUAGCCUAGUGGUUAGAGCGUUGGACUGGGGCUGAUAAGGUAACAAUCUGUUGCUCUGCCCCUGAACAAGGCAGUUAACCCACUGUUUCUAGGCCGUCAUUGAAAAUAAGAAUAUGUUCUUAAC